AUGAGGGACGAAGAAGCUCGCCGGAAGAGAAACAGGUGCCUGGCAUGCAUAGCUUUCGGGGUGAUAGCGCAGACGAUAAUCAUCGUCCUCUUUGUGGUGAUAGUCAUGCGCGUCAAGACCCCGAAAGUCCGUUUAGAAUCCGUCGGCGUCACCACUCUCACCACAGGCAACUCCUCCUUCAAAGCCGAUCUCAACGCGCUUGUCACAGUCAAGAACAAGAACUUUGGCCACUACAAGUUCGACAGCGCCAAGGCGACUUUCAGCUACAAAGGCACUGAUAUAGGAGAGGGCACCAUAUCCAAGGACAAAGCCAAGGCGAAGAAGACCAAGAAGAUCAAUGUGACGGUGUCGUUGAACUCGAACAAGAUCACAACGAGUGAUAUUAGCUCCGGGAGUGUGACGUUGACGGCGUACGCUAAGUUGGAUGGUAAGGUUCAUCUUCUGAACAUUAUCAAGAAGAAGAAAUCUUCCGAGUUGAACUGCACCAUACAUGUGGAUACCAAGGCCAAAGCGGUACAAGUUUUGAGUUGCAAGUGA